UAAGACUGGGGGUGCACAAAAGCAUGUCAAUAUUAGUUACUUUCUCCGUUACUGUACCAGCUGUCAAGGUCGGUUUGUUUACAAGUUGCAAUUUCACACUUUACUGGGGGGACCUCGCGACCCCCUGGAUGGCUUCUCGUCUCCACCCGCUCGCCCACCCGCCUUUCCGCACCCACUCGUUUUCUGUUUCUUGAUUAAAAUUGUCCAUUUCCUAG